AUGGCCAGGCUACGCUUCUUCGUGGCAGCCAUGACCUUCUGGCUCUCGAUCGCCUCCGCCGACAUGGCGUCGCACGGUCACUCGUCCACCAACUGCACGUUUGCUGAAACAAACAUCAAGUUCUGCCGGCCGUACCUGCACAUGGGCAACCGAACCCUUCGUCCCGGCAGGACCUGCUGCUUCGUUGCCCUCAGCAUCUACCUCGUCGCACCAGAGUGCUUCUGUGACGUCGUCAAGCCGUCCUCCCUGGGCGUGCCUGUGAACGCCAGUCGCGUUUCCCGCCUCCCCAGUCUCUGCCACCUUCCCAAUGGAGCCCUUCAUUGCAAUGCCACAGUAAGUGCUGCCCGCGAACGUUCGUGUAAGUGUCUCGUUAGAUCAUGCACUACCGCCGAAGGCAUCUCCGGAGCCAUCAUCAUCCCCUGUGCCACGACGUUCUCCUCCUCCGGUCGCACAUCCGCCACCAACUCCCCCGCCAACUUCGGUUUCAUCGCCACCCGCGAAUCCGCCUUCGUCUUCAAUCUCAACACCACCAUCCAAUCCCCCAGCGACUCCAAUUCCGGAGCCGCCGUCGAAUCCGCCGUCAGUUUCAACUGCAGCGCCACCGACGAAUCCUCCGCCGGGUUCAAUUUCAGCGCCACCGUCGAACCCACCUACGCCAUCGGUUGCAGCGCCACCAUCACGGGCAACUGCACCAUCUUUAUCACCGUACUCUCCUGGUCAUCCGCCGGAGACGGCGCCUGCUGCAGCUCCCACAUCGUCCGACGCAUUAAAGCUUGCGACGUCGGCCGUAGGACUCUUCGUUGCGUUCGCUAG